AUGGGCGUCAAGGAGCUGUGGACAGUGCUGACGCCUCAUGCAGAUCGCAAACCUAUUAAUGAGCUGCGUGGCAAGAAGGUGGCCAUUGAUCUGGCCGGUUGGGUGUGCGAGAGCCUCAAUGUGGUGGACUACUUUGUGCAUCCACGACAUCAUCUCAAGAAUUUGUUCUUUCGCACCUGCUAUUUAAUAUGGGAGCAGGUGACACCUGUUUUUGUGCUGGAUGGUGUUGCGCCCAAGUUAAAGAGUCAAGUUAUUGCCAAGCGCAAUGAGUUACAGUUUCGCGGCGUUCGCCCAAAGGACAAAGAUAAGGAUGCCACGGGAACAGUCACAAACAAAAGUGAUAAGGGACGUACGCGCUUUAAUCAUGUGCUCAAGCAAUGCGAGUCUUUGUUACUCUGCAUGGGUAUACAAUGCGUGCAGGCGCCAGGUGAGGCAGAAGCCUAUUGCGCUUUUCUUAAUAAAGAGGGGCUGGUGGAUGGUGUCAUUAGCCAGGACUCGGAUUGCUUUGCGUACGGUGCGCAGCGUGUUUAUCGAAACUUCUCGGUGUCCACGCAAGGUACACAAGCUGCUGCUGGCGGAGCUGUUGAUAUCUAUGACAUGCGCGACAUCUGCGCUCGCAUGGACUUUGGCCAGCAUAAAGUUAUAGUCAUGGCGCUGCUGUGCGGCUGUGAUUACUGCCCAGAUGGAAUAGGCGGUAUUGGGAAGGACGGCGUGCUUAAGCUCUUCAACAAGUACAAGGAGACAGACAUUCUCGAACGCUUGCGCAGCUGGCGAUUGGAGACGGCAAAGUACAACGCGCUGGAAAUGCGUGUCGAUGAUAAAUCAGUCUGCAGCAAUUGUGGUCAUCUGGGACGAACGGCAAGCCACACUAAGAGCGGUUGCAGCGUUUGUCGCACACAUCGUGGCUGUGAUGAGUCCCUCUGGAAGGAGCAGCGUCUAUCUAUAAAGGCAGAGCUACAGCUGCGCAAGAAGGCUUUAAUGGACGCAGAUUUUCCCAACGAGCAGGUCAUAGCAGAAUUCCUUAACGUACCUGGUACUGUGCCCGAUUUACAGCUUGGAUGGCGUCAGCCCAAUCUUGUCAAGUUUAUCAAGCAACUCGGACAUUUGCUUCAGUGGCCAGAGCUAUAUUGUUUCCAAAAAUUCUUACCACUGGUUACGCGUUGGCAGGUGCAGCAAGCAGGAGGCGUACCUUCUCUUCUCGAGCCACAAGAGAUUAUCAAAAAACGCACAGUGAAGGGUGUAUCCAGCAUGGAGCUGCGCUGGCGGGAUACGGACGGUUGUUUCAAGGGUUUGGUACCGCAAGAGCAGCUCGACGAGUUUCUAUUGGAGCAUCCCAAAGGCUUAGAAGAGUUGUAUCACACCAUAGAGCCGUUGGACAUGCUGCAGAUGACUUAUCCAGCGCUGGUAGAGUCAUAUGUGAAGUCAAAAGAGAAGCCACCCAAGGCGGGCGGGCGUAAAAAGCAAGUCAAGACAACGCUGCCGCUUAGCACUGUAGAGAAUUUGGAACCCAAGCGUGGUAAGACAAAAAAACAGGCAUCGCAGUCAACGCAGACAACGUUGCAAAGAUUUCUCAAGCGUCAGCAGGAAAACACACCCGGGAAGCCGUUAAAGCCUGUGAAUACACAAUGCUCCACGCCUUUGCAUAAGUAUCUGCCCGUCGAGCUGGAGAGCGAUGAGGAUGAAUUGCCGUUAGACAUGUCAGAUAUAAUUAAUGGCAUUGUAAGCAAUAAACAAGCUGUGCCUCCAGCGCUAACCAAACAUGCAGGACGCCUGCUGCAUUAUGAGCCGCUCGCAGCAGAUUUGAGCUUAAGACUGGCGCAGCUGAGUCUGCAAGAAAGCGAUGUACAGCAGCCACUUAAAGAUGAUGUGGACUUGUUGGUGGAGCAGCGACGAGAGCGCUCCAUCUGUGAGCAGCUGCCGCAGAGUAAGCGCUACGCACUGGACGACAGCUUUGAUUUGCUGGUCAAAGGCGAAUUAAAGAAACUGCGCACUCCCGUGGAUCGCUUCAAGCAACAACAGCGUUUGUCCAAUAUCAAGCAGAAGACAGUUUCCCCCGUUAAAAAUGUGAGUUACUUUUUCGAUCAAAGCGUGGAGCAAGCGGACGCUUUUGAGCAGCUAAUGGAGCACAGCUUGGUGGUGAUUAGCGACGACAGCGAUUCGUAGACUGAUUAGAUAUAUUUGCAUAAUGUACAACUUAGU